AUGGGAGAUGGAUGGGACUUUUACUGGUACAAACACACACUGAACUCUGAGACAAAGACAGAAACAAACUCCUACAGAGUGAAGAUUGAUUCAGUGUCUGAUGGAGGCCAGUACUGGUGUAGAGCUGGAAGAGGGAAACCAGUCUACUACACACAAUACAGUGAUGCACUGUGGGUAAAUAUUACAGUGAGUCCUAAAGCUGUGGUGAUGGUACGACCGGAUGAACAAGUGUUCAGAGGAGAAACAGUCUCUCUCAGAUGUGAUAUAAAGUGGGGAGGAGACACUGAGUGGACGUACAGAUGGGAAACAGAGGGAACAAACUACCAACAUAAAACCUCUGUCAACCGAACCUCAACACAAGAGCUGAACAUCAGCAGUGUUAAAGACUUUCACCGUGGUAAAUACACCUGUACAGGACAGAUGGGAACACAAAGCUCUCAGCGCAGUGAUGCUGUUACACUGAAUGUAUCAGCUGAAGCUCAGGCAGCAGUGCGAGUGUCUCUACAGCCGUGGCUGACUGAAGGAGACUCAGUGACUCUGAUCUGUGAGGUUACAGUCUCCUCUACAGGCUGGACGUUCAGCUGGUUCAGAGAUGAUGAUCAUCUGUCCGACAGCAGCAGAGGAGCUGGAGGCUCUUACACUCUCAGUCCUGCUGCUCUACAGCACACAGGAGUUUAUACGUGCAGAGCAGAGAGAGGACGACCGGCCUAUUACACAAAGACCAGUAACACACAGCCCCUGUGGAUCACUGGUGUUUCUCCUUCAGUGUCUCUGGUGGUCCGUCCCAGCAGAAGUCAACACUUCUCAUCUGACUCUCUCUCUCUGAGCUGUGAGGAUCAGACGAACUCUUCUGGAUGGACAGUGAGAAGAUACACAGACAGAAACACAGAAGAUUGUUCAAAACUAACAGGAUCUACGUGUCGACUCGUCUCUCUCAGCACAUCUGACUCUGGAGUUUACUGGUGUCAGUCUGAAUCUGGAGAGAAACGUCAUCCUCUAAACAUCACUGUACACGAUGGUGAUGUGAUUCUGGAGAGUUCUGUUGAUCCUGUGAUUGAGGGACAUACUCUGACUCUACACUGUUUACAUCGAUCUACAAACUCCUCGAUCCUCAGAGCUGAUUUCUAUAAAGACGGAUCACUCGUCCAGAAUCAGACGACAGGAGAGAUGAUCAUCACGACUGUCUCAGAGUCAGACGAGGGUUUCUACUACUGUAAAACAGAGAGAGGACAGUCACUGCACAGCUGGAUCUCAGUCAGAGGUGAGAGUCUGUGGAGAUCAGUCUCUGUCCGCUGAUUUGAUUUCAUUCAGUUAGUUAUUGACAGAUGUGUUUAUUCUUUCAGAAAACUCACAUGAACU